AUGGAUAGAGACAGACCGUUACUAUUCAAAGGACAGACGCUGACAUUUUCCAUGUUUACAACCGAGGAGAUACGAAAUGAAAGCGUUGCCAGGAUUGUAGACCCCGGACUUUUUGAUCCCCUGGGAAACCCCAUAAAGGGAGGCCUUUACGACCUGAGACUCGGAGCAACAGAGAAGGACUCCGUAUGCGGACACUGCCAUCUGAGGGCAGGACGCUGUCCAGGGCACUUCGGACACAUAGAGUUGCCACUUCCCGUCUACAAUGCGAUGACUUACGACGUCCUGGGAAAGUUGCUGAAGCAAACAUGUCUCACGUGCUACCGCUUCAGGAUGGGAAGAGACGAAGCAAGCGCCCUGGCAUCGCAGUUGAAGCUCGCCAGAUGCGGAUACGGCGUGGAAGCAGGGAUAGUCGAGCAGCUGAAAAAAGACAAAAAGUAUGCAGAGAUCCCCGCAGUCGUGGAAGAAGCAAUUCAAAGGGGGGGCGAAAAAGAGAGGCCUUCCAACCUCUCCUGCGGAAUAAGAAAGGCCUUUUUCAGCUCCUACAAGAAGACGUGUCUGUGGUGCGGGGCACAGGGCAGGAGAAUAUCGUGGACUUCCCAGCGGAUAUUUGUUGAGAGACUUUCCCAUGCAAAAACAGGCGCAGAAGCCGUUAAGGAGGAGCUGCUUCUCCCCGUGGAAGCCGUUGAAAUUCUCCAGAAACUCGCCAGAAACGAGGAAAAUGCGAUGGGAGAGCUCUUCCCAAGCGCAUACAAGAAGGGCGGGCAGAACUUCCUGCUGCCGAUGUUUUUCGUUGAGAUUGUCCCCGUCACUCCAAACACGUUUAGGCCCAUGAGCAGGCUCAGGAGCGAGUCAGUCUCCCACAGCGCACAAACUGUCGCAUACCUGGACAUUCUCAAGCUCUGCCUCGACAUCUUCAGCAUCCAGGACAGAUCCACAAGCUCCAUAACGGAGAGUUACCUGAAGCUCCAGGAGGCAGUUGGAUCCCUGUACUCCGCAAGCGGAAGACCCACAGCAUCCGCAAGAACAGUCGCAGCCCAGGGCCUGAAGGAGCUCGUGGAGAAGAAGGACGGAGUCUUCAGGAAGAACAUAAUGGGGAAGAGAGUGAACUACACGGCAAGGUCCGUCAUAUCCCCAGAUCCUGCGAUAGGCGUGGACGAGGUAGGAAUCCCCGUGGAAUUCGCCAGGAAACUCACAAUUCCCGAGGGAGUCUCCCCGGCAAAUAUCGAGUACCUGAGAAAGGCAGUUAUCAGCGGCCCAGAGUACCCAGGGGCAGAGUUUGUGGAGGACUCAGAGGGCGGUCUCAUCAGCUUGAAGCACAUCUCCAGAGAGAAAAGGACGCACUUGGCAAACCAGCUCCUCACAAGGACCUCGUUCAACGCCCACGCUAUAACGGAUAAAGACGCACCGGAAAAAUACACAGGAGAAGUCCCAGAGAAAGAAGCUGGGGGAGGAGUGAAAAGAGUCUGGAGGCACAUGCGGAGCGGAGACAGCGUCCUCGUGAAUAGGCAGCCCUCCCUCCAUAAAGUCAGCAUGAUGGGACACAGAGUCAGAAUACUCCCGAGGGAGAGAACGAUCAGACUGCACUACGUAAAUUGCAACUCGUACAACGCAGACUUCGACGGAGACGAAAUGAACGUCCACUUCCCACAGGACAUUCUCUCGCAGGUAGAAGUCUCAGAGCUCUGCUCAACUAAUCAGUGCUUCAUCUCAGCCACGAACGGAGCCCCAGUCCGCGGACACGUCCAGGAUCACGUCGUUAUGGGCGCAAUUAUGUCGCAGAAAAAUGCGUUUCUCCCCCCGGAGGAGUACUCCCAGCUCGUAGUAGCAGCCCUCGGAGCACUCCCAAAGCUCGGAAGAUACGCACUAGAAGAACCCUCCAUCCUGCGCCCCCAGAGAAAGUACCUCGGAAACCAGGCAAUAUCCGCAGUCAUCCGGAACCUCGGAAUAGAUAUAAACCUCUCCUGCAGGACGAAACUCGGAGAUACUUUUGUCCUCCGCGGGGGAACAGUCGUUAUGGGAGCACUCGAUAAGUCCCAAAUUGGAACGUCCUCGUACGGACUCGCACACGCAGUGAACGAAAAGUACGGCGGAGAACUCGGAAACCUCCUCCUCACAGCAAUUGGAAGGCUUUUUAACAGGGCUCUUGCAGUUCUAGGACACUCCUGCACGAUGGAGGACCUGAAAAUGCACAGCGCAGCAGAAGAGGGAAGAAGGAGGGAGAUCCAGAGGGGCCUGCACGAGGGAAGUAGAGUCUCGAAUGAGUUCCUCAGGAGUCGCCCAGACUACCUCCUGAAAACAGCGAGGGCAACAGUCGAGGGAGAAGUCCCCGAGGGAAAGAGAGAGCUCGACGCAGAAAUGCGCAGACCCACGGGAGAGUGCGCGUCGAAGGUCCUGGAAAUAGCGAACUCAGGACUCUGCCUCCGCGAGAGAAGGAAUAGAAUGUACAUGAUGGUCGCAUCCGGGGCAAAGGGAAGCCUCGUGAACUUGGGGCAGAUCAUCUCAAUGCUCGGACAGCAGGAACUCGAGGGAAUGCGCGUCCCCCUCAUGCCCUCAGGUCGAUCUCUCCCCACAUUCAACCCCCUCGAGAACACCCCAAGAGCCCACGGAUUCAUUUCCCAGCGGUUUUUAACGGGAGUCCACCCGGAGGAGUUUUACUUCCACUGCAUGGCCGGGAGAGAGGGACUCAUAGAUACGGCAGUUAAAACAAGCAGGUCCGGAUACCUGCAGAGAUGCCUUAUUAAGCACUUAGAGGGCAUCCGGAUAGACGUAGACGGGAGCGUGAAGGACGCAGACGGAUCCGUUAUACAGAUGGUAUACGGAGAGGACGGAAUACACCCAGAGAAGGCAGCGUACCUCCACGCACACGAAUUUUUCAAUGAGAAUCCCGGGAUUCCUCGCCCGAAUUCCCCGGAGAUCCACGCGGGAGAGCUCUACAACCUCCGAGCACGCCCUGGGAGAGUCUCCGAGAGAUUUUUCGGGUCUUCUCAGGAGAGCAUCUGCAGGGAGAGUCUUUGGUGGAGGUACAUUCAGGCUUCUGCAGAGCCCGGAGAAGCCGUUGGAAUACUGGCAGCACAGAGUGUGGGCGAACCCUCGACGCAGAUGACGCUGAAUACUUUCCAUCUCGCAGGAGUCGGGGGGAAGAAUGUGACGCUGGGAAUGCCGAGACUGAAGGAAAUUGUCAUGCACGCGACGAAGGAGAUAAAGACGCCUGUAGUGACGGUGGAGGGGAUCCGCCCGCCCUCGGAGGGGGAGGAGAAGAUGCUCGCAGUCUCCGGGAGGAGGAGUCUGCUCUCCCUCGUUACGGAAGUGAAGGUAGAUGAACAGGUUCUCGUCCAGCACGGAGUCCCGCUUAGGCAGCUGAAAGUCUCUGUGAAGCCGUUCCCUGAGGUCGCAGAAGCAGUCGCAGAGACACUUCGCAGCGAGUUCUUCGUCCGCUUCAGCAGGAACUUGAAGGCCUUUGUGAAGUCCCUCGCCUGCCAGGAGAUCUCAGAGGGGGCGAAGGACGAGGAAAUUCCCCAGGACUCCGCAGAAAAAGAAGAAGAAGAAGAAGAUGAAAAAGAGGAAGAAGAUGAGGAAGAAGAAGAAGAGGAGGAAGAAGAGGAAGAAGAAGAAAAAGAAAAGGGGGGAGAAUGUCCUGAGAGCCAGGAGGAGGAUGUUUGCAUGGAGAAGGUGGAAGAGCCCUCGUGCGUCUGCGAUGGGGAGUGGGUGAAUAUUACGCUGCACGCCCCCGUCUCGUAUAAAACCCUGUACUUGCCCAGGAUUGAGGAGAUUCUUGGGAAAAUGGUCCUGGAAACGGGAGCUUCCUACGAGAGUUGCACGUACGGGAACGGGCAGUACCUCGUGCAGAAGGGGGGGAUUCACUCGCUUUUUGACAGGGUCGAAGACUUUUUGCUUAGCGACCUUGUGGACGUGAGGACUGCAAGAUCCAACAGCAUUUGGGAGAUGCACAGCGCACUCGGAGUGGAGGCUGCAAGGGCUGCAAUCAUCCGGGAAAUAGCUGCAGUCUUUGACGUGUACGGGAUCAGGAUAGACUACAGGCACCUCUCCCUUAUUGCGGACUAUAUGACGCACACGGGGAGUAUUAUUCCCUUUAACAGAGGGGCUUUCUCUGUGAUGGGGACUCCCAUGCAGAAAAUAACGUUUGAAACGGCGUCUGCUUUUAUCAGGAGCGCAGUGAUUGACGGGGCAGUGGAUGCGCUGGAAAAUCCCUCGUCCUGCCUGGCCGUGGGGAAGACUGUUCCCGUGGGGACGGGCAUGGCAGAGGCUGGAUA